AAUAAGAAAACAGUGCUCGCAGUAGGCUACGACCAUCGGGAUCUGUGGUGUUUGUUUUGACAACGUUUUAAUUUGUGAAACGGGUUUCAAAGCAACAGACUGAAACACUGCUUUGACUUCAUUUAUCCACGGAUAUUGCUAACAGUGCCUGGGAAACUACACUCAAGGCGCCUCUGCAGCCUAGGUCGGAUCCACAGAAAUCGUUUCCUAUUGUUUUGAAGAAGAUUAAAUUAUGGACAUUCCCCCACCUAAUAUUCUAGAAGGCGACGAUGAAAUAGAGAAGAAGAAGUUGUGCUCUGCUGAUAAUGGCGAGGCCGGUGUUGGAGGGGCCAGUGGUGGAACUGGAGGUACCGGCAUUGGAGGGGUGUCCGCCUCCCUUACGCCUGCCAUCUGGGAGAAGACCAUCCCCUAUGAUGGGGAGACCUUCCACUUGGAGUACAUGGACCUGGAUGAGUUCCUGCAGGAGAAUGGCAUCCCAGUCACCCUAGAGGAGGAGCUGCAGAAGAGCCUGGCCCAGGWGGAAACCAAGGGGACAAGACCCCCUUUCACCACCUCUGACACAGAGACRGUCACACUCACCUUAGAGCCAGCUGAACAAGAGAAGGAAGAAGAAGAUGGGGACGAUGAAGAUGCUGUGUCUGGGUUUGAAGCAGCGGAGGUUGAAGUGUCUAAAAAUAAAAAAGAGGGGAAGUCUGCAGACCGACUCACACCCACUCCCAUCGACCCGGAGGACAUUGAGGUGGACAUCAACUUCCAGCCGGACCCCACAGACCUGGUGCUGUCCAGRGUGCCUGGGGGUGAGCUGUUCAACCCACGCAAACACAAGUUCUCUGARGAGGACCUCAAACCACAGCCCAUGAUCAAGAAGGCCAAAAAGGUCUUUGUGCCCACUGAGCAGAAGGACGAUAAAUACUGGUCGAGGAGGAAGAAGAACAAUGUGGCAGCCAAACGUUCACGUGACGCUCGGCGGCUGAAGGAGAACCAGAUCACAGUGCGCGCUUCGUUUCUGGAGAGGGAAAAUGCUGCGUUGCGGCAACAAGUGGCUGAGUUGCGAAAGGACUGUGGUCGCUGCAAYAACAUCAUGUCCCGAUAUGAAGCCAAAUACGGACCAUUGUAAGGGACAAACUUUAUCUUUCAAGAAAAUAACCGAAAAAUAAAAACGCCCCCCAAAAUGCAGACACAAAGAGAAUCUGAAUUGCACUGCUUUCAUGGUGAACGCCGGUCACUGCGUCAAGUUCUAGAUCCUUUCCAACAUGACAGUGGAGGCAUGGAUACACACUGUCAGUGAGCCAGGCAGCAACAUGGCGAGAGGUGGACACGAAGACUGGCUCCUACACAUACAGGGACUCAAUUACAGACAUAACAUGUAUAUUGUCUACUGCUAGUCAGGUCUUAUCACUGGCCAGAGAAGUCAGAGAAAGCUGGUGGAGAAAAGCAGGCUUGUGAAAAGAAGCGCUUAAACGUUACACACACACAUUUAUACAGCGUAUUAAUGGGUUGUUUUGUGGACCAAAGCAUGAACAUCAUCAGUGAUGAGUAGUGAAUAUUGAAAGUUGUCCCUCUGCCCUCUUCCCACUGUUUGCAGUAACUGACUGUCUCCUCUGUUUCAAGUACUUGUGCAGAGGCUCUGAAGAAGGACAUGUGAACUCUUGAUUUAUUCAUAAUUGGGUAGGGGAGAAAACAAUGAAUAACAGAACUGACAGAUUGAGGGUUGCACCUCCGUGACCGCACACAGYAAAUAAUUGAUAUUGGUCAGACAAAGGGCGAGAUAGUGGUGUUUUCCUGUCACAGCUCUUCUAUGUCUGUCUUUGUUUGUACCACACACUGAAGUGUGUGUGUGUGUGUGUGUGUGGAGAGAAUUCUUUGUACAUAGUUUUCUCCCUGCACCACAUAGAUUGUGUUACCCCUGUUUUGCACUUAACCCUUCCAAAGCAACACCUUGUGGGUGAAGAUUAGAUAUAGGGCUGGGUGGGUACGACAUGACCCACACAUUUUAAGCAAUUGUUUAUACAAAAACUAACUCUGCUUCUAAUAUCUUUCCCCCAAAAACAGUCAUUUUGGGGGAAAGAGGUGUUUUAAAAAGUAGUAUGGCCUUUCUAGGGAGUUUUUUCUAGCCACCGUGCUUCUACACCUGCAUUGCUUGCUGUUUGGGGUUUUAGGCUGG